AUGCACCAAACCACACUGUACCAUAUCACACUACACCACAUUGUACCACACCACACCACAACACCACAUCACUCUGUACCACACUAUAUCACGCAACACCACACCACUCUCCACCACACUUAUCUACACCACACUGCCUCACACCACUCCAUGCCCUUCCACAACACACCACACCACAAUGCACCACACCACACAACACUGCUUCACUCUGCACCACACAACACUGUAUCACACCACGCCAUACCACACUGCAUCACAGCACACCACAAUGCACCACACUGCACCACACCACACCACCCUGCGUCACACCACACCACAUUCCAUCACACUACACCAUCCCACACCACACCAAAUCACACUUUACCACACCACACUGCACUGCAGCACACUACACUUCACCAACACACUACACCAGACCACACCACACCACACCACACCACACAACACCACACCACACCACACUGUGUCACGCCACAUCACAUCACACUACAGUACACCACGCCUCACCACAUCACACCACACCACACCACACUGCACAACAUCACACAACACCACAAUGUACUGCACAAACCACACCACACUGAGACGUCUCCGCUAGUUUUUCUCACCUCCCCAGCUGUUGACUCCAGUCACCCAGCAGCAGUGUACAGGAUAACACAAGCCAACAAGUGCAUCACACACCACACUACACUGCACACCACACACCAGCCAGUCACCCAGCAGCAACACUGCUUGGGAUUACACAGGUCAACAAGCACAUCACACACCACAUCAACAGCCACCAAUAGUGGAUGGGAUUACACAGUCCAGCAAGCACAGCACACACCACACUGUCGUGGUCCAAGAUACUGUAUGGAUUUGAGUGUGGCAAAGUCCACCCCAGUGUGCUCCACCUCCAGCACUGUGGCGGUCCUUCCUUGCACCACAGUGAUUGGAGAGAGUCUGCCCCGUCUGCUCCACCGCCGGGCCUCCCCUGAACAACUCGAAGCUGUCUCUUGUGGGGAGGAGUUGGAUGGAAAUGCAGGUUGCAGGAAGACACAUGUAAUAUGCCUAAGUAUCGGUACUCAGUGCUGCAUGAAGCCCCAAGCCGAUGCUCUCUUGUUAGCAGAGUGUGGUUAA